AUGAAUGAACUUAAUGACUCAAUCCAAGAGUUCAUCAUCAUCGGCUUUCCGGGGUAUCAAGACAGAAACAGCAGAUUUAUCAUUUUUGGAGUUUUACUGACAGUAUAUGCCUUCAUCUUAUUAGGAAAUCUAUUUAUAAUUGUUAUUGUCUUAAUUGACAGGGACCUGCACACUCCUAUGUAUAUUUUAAUGUCCAAUCUUGCUCUAGUAGAUGUAGUCAUUACAACCAGUACCAUUCCCAAACUGCUAGCUGUCCUUGGCACUGGUGCAAGUGGAAUAUCUAUUGCAGGGUGUUUCAUCCAGACACUUUUCUGUGGAUCUGUCACUGCUGUGGAGUCGUUUCUUCUUGCAAUCAUGGCCUAUGACAGGUAUCUGGCUAUUUGUAAGCCACUCCAUUAUUACACUAUUACAAACAACAGUGUGGUCUUCAAACAAGUAGUCUGUUGUUGGGUGGGUGGGUUCAUAGCUCUAACCAUUCCACUCAGUUUAACUUUCAGGUUACAGUUUUGUGGAUCCAACAAGCUCCUCCAUUUCUUUUGUGACCAUUCUGCAAUGUUAAAGUUAUCCUGCACUGAUACGACCAUCAACAGCUAUUUAAGUUUAAGUAUAGGAAUGUGUGUCCUGAUAGGCUCCAUGCUGUACAUCCUGUUUUCAUAUGCAAAGAUCAUUAUGUCAGUCCUGAAAGUCACAGGCAACGAAGGAGGUUUGAAGGCCUUUUCGACCUGCGGUACACACCUACUGGUCAUUUCAGUGUUUUUCCUGGUUGCUGCCGGUGUGUACACCGCAGGCCGAGUCCCAGGCAGUUCUCUUGAUAUUCGUGUCAUAGCAGCACUCAUUCAGAAUGUGACUCCGCCAUUAAUGAAUCCAGUCAUUUAUUGUUUGAGGACAAAAGAGAUUAAGAUCAGCUUUGUGAGACUGCUGAAAAGGAUCGACAUAUUACCCAACGGAAAUUGA